GCUGAAAACGGCUAGAAGAAGAAGGAAGCUCGGCUGUGGCGUCCACAUGUUCCUGAGCUGUUUCUGUUUAUUACAUAUGACAUCUGAUGUUAGAGGAAUAAAACAAGAAGAGGAAGAAAAAGACGUAUAAAGCGACAUGAAAGCCUCCUCUUUAGAGAGUUAAAGACACCGUUUGAAGAUGCUGAGUGAUUCUGAGGUUGCAGAGCUGCUUUCCUUCCUGACUCCCAGCACACGUCCAGAUGUCAAAGGUCAGGCCACUGAGUACAUCCUGGGACUGUCUGGAAACAGGGAUGGCUGCCGCUUUCUCCGCUCUAAACCUGACCUAAUUGCUGCCCUGUUUGCCCUGACCUCUGACCCUUCCAUUGCCAUAGUAAAGGACUGCUACCACAUCUUUAUCAACCUGUCAGCUGACGAGACUCUUCAUCAGGUUUUGCUGAAAGAUGUCAAAGUUCUCCCUGUGUUGUUUAAGAACCUUCUGGACCCCGAGUACCCGUUCUCCGAUCAGAUCUGCACCAUCCUGUCAAAUCUGACGCGACACGAGAAGACCUGCAAGACUUUAUUCAAGGUGCUGCAGGAGGACGUCGGUAUGGCGCAGCUUGUUCAGAUCUUCUGUACUGAAGGUUACAAUAAGAACGCUAAAUUGCACUACCUGGGUCCUCUGCUGUCCAACCUGACGCAGCUGCCUGAGGCCAGAAACUACUUGAUGGACAAGGACAGGUGUGUAGUCCAGAGGUUGCUGCCCUUCACUCAGUACCAGUCAUCUGUGGUGAGGAGAGGCGGAGUCAUAGGCACCCUGCGCAACUGUUGCUUUGACCACGCUCAUCACGAGUGGUUGCUAAGCGAUGCUGUGGACAUCCUGCCUUUCCUCCUGCUGCCGCUGGCCGGUCCAGAGGAGCUGACAGAGGAGGAAAACGAAGGCCUGCCUGUCGACCUGCAGUACCUCCCCGAGGACAAGAAGCGAGAGGAAGACCCCGACAUCCGAAAGAUGCUCCUGGAAACGCUCUUACUGCUGACUGCAACUAAAGCCGGCCGGCAGACACUGAAAGAGAAGAAUGUUUAUCCAAUCAUGAGAGAGUUCCACCGCUGGGAGAAGGACGCCCAUGUUACAGCGGCCUGUGAGAAACUGGUCCAGGUGCUGAUAGGAGAUGAGCCGGAGGAGGGCAUGGAGAACCUGAUGGAGGUAGAAAUCCCUCAGGAUGUGGAGGAGAAACUAAAGGAGGCUUAUGCCAAAGAGCAGGAAGAGCUGGAGAAAGAGGAGGAGAAGAGGAAACAAGCAGAAGAGGAGGACGAGAAAAAGAAGAAGAGUGAUUCUGAGCAGACAGACAGAGAACAGGAGAGUGGACUGAUAAAGUGAAAUCUAUUUUAGGCUUUUUGUCAUUCAGAUAGAAGCACUGCUUCAAUGUGCCUGACUCAGGUGUGACAGGAAAGAGAUGCUGCACUGUCACGUGGAGUCGGUGCUGAGGACAGUGGAAGAGCCAAAAUAGAAAAUUACUCUUUUACCGCAUCGGUGAUGAAUUUAAAGCUUAUUUUGCUGAUUAAACCACAAAGAACGUGAGGGGAAAAAGCUUGAAUCCGACCUGAUGACAGUACAAGAAUCUCUUUAAACAUUGAGUCAUUUUGUGUUUCGUGUGUUUUAAACUUGAUUUAUUUUCUCUCUGCUUUAUAAAAAGUAAUGAGAGGAUUGAAAAGAGUGUUCCAAGAAAGGAGAAGUGUUCAAAUAAAUGUACGCCAUCAUAACUUUUA